AUGAUAGCAGACAGUGGAUGGACACGUGCCCUUGUUGAAGAUGAUGUAGCCUCUUCCGGAACUGUAGAUUCAUCCCUGUCGGCAACCAAUGUCACUAAAACACGUCAAGCACAUCAGAAUUUCUCUGCAAUGGCAAUCGACCAAGCCCAUGAACAAACCAAUGCCGUCAUCAAAGGGGACGCGGGAGCUGUUGGUCUGAAAGAGGAUCCAUCAGCUCUUCGGUGGUGGGUGGUGGCUGGUUCAGAAAUUAGCAAAUUCGUUACUGACUAUGAAGCCGUAUCGGGAAGCAAAGAGGCGAAGAAAGGAAGUCAUCAGCAUGACCAGUUGCCAACUGCUCAGAAGGCAUUCUUUGAAAAGGUUCAGCGGCUUACAAGUGUGAUAGAAGAAAUGGGCAAUCCAUUUUCAGAGGAGUCCACUGAUCUACUGUUGCUUGACAUAACGCCUAGGACACCGAAGAGGCUUGAAGAAUAUGCCAGACAGGAUAUUCUUCCUAAGGUGCAAUACCACAGUAGCAAUUACAAAAGGACAGAUAUCAUUUUUGAUGUCUAUCAUGAGUCUAGUCUGAAGUCUGAAGCACGAUCAAAACGCGGAAAAGCAAUCAGGAGGAGAGUAACGGCAAAGGGCAAAACACCGACUAAUUGGAAGAGCUUUCUAAGAGACAGCGCCAACAAAACAGAGCUGUUGAAUCUCCUUGUAAUUGUAACACGAGAGGAAAAUGCUUUACCAAGUUCCAGCCAUCCUGAUACUAAGAUAGACGAAUUGGCUCCUUGCACACAUGAAGAGGCAGAUACCCGGAUAUCUUUGCAUGCCUGGAAUGCGGUUAAGGAUGGACACAAGUCUCUCAUAAUGGAAGCUAAUGACACAGACGCUGUAGUCAUAGGCUUAAGCCUGAUGUCUUCUUUCACUGCAAUGGGCAUGGAGAAAAUGUGGAUCGCGUAUGGCAAGGGAGAGCACUCUCGAUGGAUCCCAAUACACGACCUUGCAUCUUCUUUGGGACCAGAAAAACCGAAGGGAUAUUAUUCUUCCAUGCGUUUCGCUGAUGUGAUAUGGUAUCUUGAUUCAAUGGCAAAUGAAAAAAAAACAUGGCAGACAUGGAAUGUUUGCAACGAUGCCUCGGCUACAUUUCGGAAACUCAGUCACUAUCCUCCUGAAAUUAAUGUGUCUGAUCUACAAGUUCUAGAGACAUUUGUUAUUCUGAUGUACGACCAGUCAAGCGCAGCUACUACAGUAGAUGAAAAAGGUUAG